AUGCAUCUGUUCAGCACCAUGGCCGCCGCGGCGGUCGUGUCGUCGGCCGUCGCCACCAACGUCGCGGGAGGCAGCAACUAUACCUUUUCCGCACACUCAAGUGUUUCGGCCACGAGCUUGCAGCCUCAGACCCUGACCAAGAUGACCCUUACCACGGGCACUGCCGCAUCCACUACGGCCGCCAGCACCUCGGCUGCUGCCUCGAGCACUUCCCAGGGCACUCUCAUCGGCGCCACCAAGGUCGAGGCUCUGCUGAAGCUCUCGCAGAGUUUCAAGUUUGAGGUCCGCGGCGGCCUCUGCGCCAUCUCCAACAUGCCCGCCGAGGCCGCCGUUGUCAGCUGGCGCCUCGUCUACGACAUCGACCUUAAGAGCACGUUCCGUUUUGAGAUUUGCGAGCCCCGCGACCAGGGCCGCGUUGUCACCAAGGUCCAGGGCCAGUACGUCUACGGUCUCGCCGUCAGCCACAAUGUGACGGCCUCUGGCGUUGUCGAGCUCGUUUGCGACAACGGCGAAUUCAACCACGUCAAGAUUGAGAACAAGAAGGUUGUCGAGACCAAGGCCGUGAGUGUUGAGACGGUCCAGAGGAAGGUCUAUGAGUGCUCCGACGUCGCCAAGUGCACCCAGUCAACGUGCAAGGGCGACAAGUGCGGCUACAACCUCGUCGCCAAGGUCGGGGGCGCAGUCUACACCAACACCACUGCCCCUGCUCACCACGCCGGCUCGAGCCCGGGCUCCUCUGUGACGUACAAGUUUGAGGAGUGCAAGGUCAAGACCGAGUGCUCCUGCGUUCAAACCUGCGUCGAGGCCGAGUGCAAGGUCGAGAAGCCGACCAAGGGCCCUGCUCCCGCCGCUGUCCCGGCCGACAAGGUCAAGACCAUUCCCGCUGCCGGGCCCGCCAAGGGUGAGAAGCCGGAGGCGCCGCAUACGCCCAACCAGCCCGCCGCCGCGCCUCCAAAGGCCGCUGCUGACAAGCCUGCUGGCGGUGCGUCCGGCGGUGCGUCCGGCGGCGCGGCUGGCGGCAACGGCACUGCCGUCCCCGGACGCAGCGGCAGUGCGGUGACGGGCGGCUCUGGCCGCGUUGUCAUUGCCUUCAACGUCCUCGCUGGAGUUGUUGCCAUGGCCCUUUUCCUCUAA